CUUGCAAGUUGAACGUAAGGGAUCUAUUGGGAAGAGCUCCGCUGAACUUGUGUUGGGCAGUGUUGUUGUGGUAGUUUUUGUUUGAUCCUGUGAUUUCAGACGCUUUUGUGGGAGACGCCGGGUUCAAUUAAGGUGGAAUGACUUCCAAGAAAUCAUGGAAAUCAUUCGUCUUUCCGUUGCUGGUGAUGGUGAUCAUAUCUGCAAAAUUCAUCUGCUACUUCAGGAAAGAAAAAACCAGCGAGCUGAUCACCCUCAACCAAGUCAAAGCAGAGAGCAACAUAACUGACAUCGACGAAGAACAUUCUCGCCAGAAGCGUUUCCUCUUCUUCACUUCGGACAGGAGACUGGCGCUGCCUACCGGAACGUCGCUGAACUUAGGAUUAGAUCUCAAUAUGAACGCUUUAAGGAACGGUCCAAUAGGCUAUACGGCAUCGGUAACUUUCGGAUACCAUUUCUCUAUUUCGACGGAUGAUCUCGGUUUUACUUCAGACGAAAACCCGUGGUUCGUGCUGCCGUUUUUCUAUUUCAAUGGCGGAGGUCCAGGUGACAGCGACCAUGUGCCCGGGGUCAAUUUGGCCGGAGGUGACAGAGUUGGGAUGUUUCAAGCGAUCGAGGACAUGAUCGAGACUAUCGGCCUCCUUGGGAGGCCCUGCGUCCAGAGGGCCAUUUGCGAGAUCUUCCAAGGGCCUCUAAGAGAUCAUGGGUUUUUCGGCGAAGUUCUGAAACUCUUCUUCAGUGUGAGUCGAGCUGCCUAUGCUGAGGUGCGUCUAGCCGAUUACUUAGCGGCCGAGAAAGCGGGAAAGGAAACCGGAGACUGUUCCUUUUAUCACCAGCUCUGUCUUCACUCGCUAUUCUCCAACGGCACCGCUAAUCCGCCCAAGUUGAUACCCGUAGAGGACGAGGUGGAGGGGAAGGAGAACAAAGACGAGUUGUCGCGAACGAAGAGGUUCGUCUACUUCACGCGGGACAGACGAAUCCGAUUCCCACCGGAUUCCCUCUUUGUCGUCAUCCCGACAGUCAGUGUUCCGUUAAGAGGGAACAUCCCAACCGGUCUCAAAGCGCCAGUACUGCAGGUCUCGGUUCCACUGAAACUCGUUCUUGACAGUCUGGGACUGACAACCGAGGAACAUCCGUUUGGGAUUUGGUCAAUCUUCGACGACGAGUUUGGCCCGGAAGCAGAUAUCCCAAGGAGGAAGAGACACGUCCGUAAUAAAAGAUCCGAUUCCAGAUUUCCUGGGGGCGACAGAGAAAUGUUAUACUCGAUCGUGGAGGACGCCAUACAACGGCAGGUGUGGAGGGGAAGGCGUGUCUGCUUCGGGCCAUCUGUGAAAUGUUUCAGUAUCCUUUGGAUAACCACGGAUUCUUCGGCGAGUUCUUGGAACUCUUCUUCAGCGCUAGCCUGGCACCAGACGCAGAAAAGAGGCUUCCAGAAUACGUAGCAGCCGAGAGAGCUGGAAAAACCACUGGAAAGUGUUUCGCUUACCACGACGACUGUCCUUACUCGCUCUUCACGAACCCAAUGGACUCU